GCAGACUAUUCUCCGUGCGUUUUCACGUUAUUUUUCUUGCCGCAUGUAAAUCACGAAUAGGCAGUAAAUUAUUAGCAAUAAAAUAUUGUAAUACGUCAACCAGGUUGCAUUAUUGUCAGCGAUCGUAACAAUGGUUCGUCGGCAUCGAACCCUUAACGAUUCGACUCUUCUUCCCAAUCUGCCGCAUAUCGUAAAUAUUACGUAUUUGCAACAAAACGUUGCCAUUGAAACUUUGCGAUUUACCGUCCACAUGAAAACAAAAGUAAUAAAUACGUCUACGUUAUUGCAAACAUUAAACCAACAUUUCCCAGUCAUUUCUCCUUAAUAUUAAAACUGUCGUAGUGUAAUUUUGAGCGCUUCUUUGGAAUAAGUUAAUAUAAUAUACAUACAUACAUAUAUAUUUUCAAAGAAGUGCUCAAAAUUACACUAUAUAACGUCUAUGUUUGUAACGUCUAUGAAGGCGGGACGUUUGAAUAUCAAGGAUCAAAUCACCGUGUAGUGAAAGGCCAAGCCAAAAAGUUCGAAGGCUCGUAUCUGGUAAACACGAAAUUGUAGAAACGUUUUCGCACUCGGCCGAUGGUUUCUCUGUUCUUUUAUAAGACAUACAUAUAUAAAAAAAAAGAGGAGCACGCAAAUGCUCUGGUGAAUCGUAGAACGUCAUCACUUUGGAGUGAUCUCUUUUCUAUCUCCCUCCCUCCCUCCGUCCCGAAGGAACGGUACGAGAGUUCGUCGUGCAAUAGGCGUAUAUUCUUGGCGCGACCUACCUUAAGUAAACUUACACUUUCGUUUAAGCGCCACCGUGCAGCAGGAGGGGCGAAACGCAAGAAAACGAGCGGAGGUUCGGCGAAACACCGCCUCCGUUCUGUAGCGCGAGAAUUGCAAGUGGCUCGUCGUCGUUUAUCGCGACUUCCUCGUACUUUUUCCACCAGUUCACCGCGUGCCUUUCGCCUCUUUCCCGUUCUUCUCCUUCGUCUCUUUUCCUUCUCUCCUUUCUCCCUUUCUCUUCCUUUCUCUCUCUCUCUCUCCUUCUCUCUCAUUCUCGCUCUAUCUUCUAUCUUUCUCGCAUACGGUCUCGAACUUCAACACCACUACCGAUUUUUAUGGCACUCGUCCCCUCGGUCUGUUCUCACUUCUUCUUCGAGCGAAGCAGUCGACACCAGGAUACGACUUGCGCGAGUGUGACAUCCGAAGUUCGUGCUUCGUUGACGACAAUCAUGACGCAUACGUGAGUGCAUUUCGGUACAUGCUCGAUGAUAUACGCGGUAUUCACGGGGCUCGGUACACGUGGAUUGCCGUUCGUUUCUGUGAAGUUUAUCUCGGUGGUGAACAUAUAUAUAUAUAUAUAUAUAUAUAUAUAUAUAUACACACAUACAUCGCGGGAGGGAACGAGGAUGAAUCGCGGUCGAUUCGUGGGAAUAACUCUAAUGCUCGAUAGCAAGAAGAAUGCAACGAGUAACGUAAAUAAAUUCCUGUAAAAGAAAAUUGUCUCGCGAGCUGUUCACAUACACGGUAAUUAAGAUUGUGUUUGCGACGCUUCUAAAGAAGAUCGAAAACGACGACUUAUCUCCGCGCACAGUCCAGAGAACUAAAUAUACGUAUUCUUAGACCUGUCGAACGCACGAUCAAGCAAAAAGAGAGCUGGUGUGUAUUUCUGCGCCAUGCGAGUUCGCGCCACACGACACGAUACUGCGUAUUCGUGGCACGUGUAGUCGUGCGUCGACACUGCACGCCGCCCUUUUUCACGCGGGAACUAGCGAAACUUGUACACGAACCAGUUUUAAUCAUCCGAUUUAUCAAUUGACGAGUCAUGGAUCACUUUGGUUAUACUGAAACUGCACAAGCGCAUCGGUAUUAUAGAAAUGUAUCAUGUUUUUCUAUGGGACGGGCAGAUUUUGUUGGCAAAUGGCUGCUUCUAAAUUGUUCACAGAUACCGGGCAACGCAUCGUCGCUGUGUAAAAUUUUUCAGAAUUUUUAUCGGCGUUUGAAUUAUGGAAUUGUCAAAUUGCAACUGAUAACGACGCUACGAACAAAAGCGGCCACCAAAACGCAAUCAGUAUUACGAUAAACUAAUCGAAUAUAAAAAGCAGGCCGUAUUUGAAAUACGCUUAACCAAUAUUUUCUCUGAUGUGCAAUCAUAAUAUUCUAUGCAUUUCGUUAAUAUACGAGUAUUACCGCGAAACGAACGGGAGGCAAGGACGCGUGCGCCCAGCCACUUCCAUAAUAAACCUUUUCGCCAUUAAUUACGUCAUAGAGUUCACUAUCACCGCGUCUCGUGGUUGGAAACGUCGAAACGGGUUGCCGAGUGGUUCGGUGGUCACACAAUCUCCGCUGAUUCGGGUUAUCGGACAGUCGCCUCCGGAGUCCUUAUCGACGAUCAACGGAACUCGCGGCGCUGCGUAUCGACCGUUUUAACCGCGGUUCGUUAGCGCUUCUAAGUGCAGCCGUUCGAUCUCGUAACCAAGAGGGUGGCGUGUUUCGAUUUCGAUUGUCAAUCGAACGGAGUGCGAAUCGUAGCCGUCUCGAUUCGUCUCGCAUCGAACGAACGUCGACCGUCAGUCUCGACUAGAUUUAACGCGUGCACGCGUAUCGUAGCUAACGAUCGACCGCGAUCCGUCGGCGAUCGAUCAACGAUCCUGAGAAUUUCGCUUUACUCUUUGCGAGUCAGGUUCCGUCAUCUAGAUCGAGAUAACCUCGAAUCUCCGUAGAAGAAGCUCGAUUCGCGGGCAAACGCAAAGAAGACGAAGAUCGAAGGAAACGGCGAUUCGAUUACUGGCAAACUUCGAAGAAACCUUCGUAUUUAAUAUAAUCGUAACUUUCUACGCUCGUUACAUCACGCUUCGUUCCGGCAGCAGAUCAUCUGGCGGUGUGAGUCGGAGCAUGUGUCCAACGAGACAAUCCUGUGAGCUCGAAACGGACCAAUCUGGCAUUCGGUUGUUAUCGGUGACCGAUGGAAGCCGUGCAUACCCGACGGGAUACACAGAUCGAGCUUAUUCUCGGGCACAUCGCGCGUACCGUCUUAGUACACGCGCACGACGCGGUCACGAAUACGCGCGCGUUCCUCUCUGGCCUCUUUCCUUCGCACCCGCUCCCUGGAAUUUCGGCAGUUGGUGACAGUGGCUUGACGAGGAAAGAAUACGACAUACAAACACGCCCGUUUAUUAGAGCAGCGGUCUGUUCUCGGCCGAUCAAUUAUCCAUGGUCCUACAUCGAACCAUCGACUACAGACUAUCCUUCGGUGUUUCGUGAACAACAGAUAGUCUCUAGGUGGACCGUUUUUCGAUCACCUUCACAGCCCGUGUAGAAGCGUUCCAAGUUAUUCGUUUCCUUUCAAAUACUUCAGCUUUGUGUGAAAAGUUGUUUUUUCUUCAUGGUUGAAUCCACGUCAACCGUGGACGAUGAUGGCGUCAUUGGAGAAUAAAGUGGAUGAACAAGCCAGCAAAGUACCGCAGCAGAAUGGAGGCAAUUGCAGGAACGAGGAACUACAGCUGGAAGACGUUCGAGACAACAAUAACGAGAGCAUCGAGGUGGAGAUGGUGGUGCCACCGGAUGGUGGAUGGGGUUGGAUGAUCGUCGCAGCCUCCUUCAUGUGCAAUCUCUUCGUGGACGGCAUCAUUUUUAGCUUCGGUGUCUUUCUCAACGAUAUUUCCGAAGCUUUCGCAGUGUCGAAGGCGAGAGUGGCGCUAGUUGGUUCGUUGCAGUCUGGAUUUUAUCUUAUGGCUGGCCCAUUCGUGUCAGCAUUGGCCAACAGGUAUGGUUUUCGUCUGGUAGCGAUCCUUGGAAGCGUGAUAAGUUGCAGCGCCUUUGUCCUGUCGUACUUCAGCACUUCCAUCGAGUUCCUCUAUAUCUCUUACGGCGUGCUCGGAGGUAUCGGGGCAGGCCUGAUUUACGUGCCGGCUGUCAUAACUACCGGAUUUUAUUUUGAAAGAUGGCGAGCGCUGGCUACCGGGAUCGCGGUUUGCGGAUCCGGAAUCGGCGCUUUCAUGCUCGCGCCUAUCUCAGACAUACUGGUGAAGCAAUUCGGUUGGAGGGGCGCCUUGCUCUUCCAAGCAGGAAUGCUGUUAAAUUGUGCCAUUUUCGGUGCCAUGUUCCGUCCAUUGAAGUCAACGCGGAUUAAGGUGAAAUCCAGCCCGGAGAACGCGGGUUUAGAAGUAAAAAGCAGUUUGAUGGCAAGGGGAGUGUCCACGGCGUCGUUGCAUUGUAUGCAACCAGAGAGAAGCGGUUUCUUUGGAACCAAUAACAAUACCGAUUACCCAACGGCUGCUGAGCUGCUUGGAAGCAACCCCAACAUAGUAAACGCCUCCAAGUCGUUGCAUUCUCUUCAUAAGAUUCACGCGGAGCUGCGAACUCUGGAAAGGAAGUUGAGUAGCUCGGAGAAGCGGCUGUCCGUGCCGAUCUAUCCAGAGUUGGAAGUGAACAUGGACGAGAAGAUGGUCGAAGAGGAGAACAAUCUCCUCGGUGGAGAUGUGGAGAGACUGAAUGGCAAAGUGCCCACGAUUCGCAGGCAUACAAUCAGCGGCAGACGACUGCGCGCGGACUCGGACUGCAGCCAGAAAUCGCUGAAGAUGGGCAACAGGCGAAACCCAUUCAGCAAGGAUCCGCAGAGACCGUUCUACAGGGACGAUAUCUUUUACGGCGGUUCCCUGAACAGACUGCCGCAUUACAAAUCGCAGCAAUCGUCCGUUGGCUAUCACAUGUCCGUCACGCGUUUGCCUACUGCGACGGACGUCGCCGAAGAGGAGAGUGGAAGCUGUUACAUUUGUCCAGAGAGCGUACGUCGAAUCUUGACGACAAUGCUCGAUUUGAGUCUUCUCAAGAGUCCAUCUUUCUUGAUCCUGGCUAUAUCCGGUGGACUUACAAUGAUGGGCUUCUAUACACCUUUUAUGUACGUCGCAGAUCGAGCCCAAUUGGCAGGCAUCGAGGCCUCGACCGGUAGGUUUCUUGUCUCUGUGAUCGGUAUCGGCAACACCAUUGGCCGUGUCGUGUGUGGAUUGGCUAGCAGCUUGCCAGGAGUUAACGCGUUGGUCGUCAACAAUAUAUUCAUCAGUGCCGCUGGCCUUUUCACCAUAUUCUCCGGAUUAUCCCUCAGCAAGGGCUACCAGUUCUUUUACGCUGCCGGUUUUGGCAUUAGCAUAUCUGUCUUCGCCUCGCUGCGAUCGAUCCUGGUGGUAGAUCUCCUGGGACUAGAGAAACUGACCAACGCUUUCGGACUGCUUCUUUUGUUUCAAGGCGUGGCAGCUGCCGUAGGCGCGCCUCUUGCAGGUAUCUUUAUGGAUGCAACCGGAAGCUACGACGCCUCGUUUUACCUGUCUGGUAGCCUGAUCUUUCUGUCGGCUGUGAUCUGUUAUCCCUUGAAGAGAAUCAACGUGUGGGAGACUAAAAAGAACGGCGACAAAUGCAGCGACGAUCCAUCCUAGUCCUGGUCGACGUCGAGCGCAAGACAGAAAGCCGUAGACUGAAGUCUAUCACGUAUUCUCGUUGUCGGCCACCGUGUGUGUUUGUACAUAUUAACGCGUAAAUAAUUUAUAACACGACUGCUCGAAUCGAUAAUUAAUCCGUGUGGUGGCAGCAGGACCAGCGUGAUCGUCGCAGCUACGAGAAAACGUGGCAAAGGGGCGCGUUCGUGUUCCAGCUUCGAACUCGGUCGAUCUUUGGAACUAAAACCGUCUAUCGAGACGUUCAGGCGAGUGCAGCAGACGAUUCCAUGCCGAGAGGAAUACCGUCCAGAGUAUAAAGAUUCUGUCUAAAUCUAAGGUCGAGCUUUGCAUUCCCAUGAAACGUCGGAGUGCUCUUUUCGUAUUCCGAGUAGCGCGUGAACAUGUCGCGAACUCGCUGUCAGCCUUUACGAUGUUUUUAAUCACCGUCGUGCCUUCUCGUAUCUUACAACGGAUGGUUGGGAGUCGUGAGAUAUUUUUCUAGAUCGUUCGAUGACGGAAGAUAUGUGUUCGUUGUUACGUGCCUUGCGUUUUCAUAAAGAGAUUUUACUCGAAGGUUCCCACGUUAUUCAUUGGGAUGCUUUAUAAUUGAUAAUUCGCCGAUCUCCUGUUAAUUUACAGGGAUUGCAAGGAUUUUAGAAUGUAAGGAAGACGUUUGUAUAUCAACACGCGCCUCCGAAAGAACAGAUUAUUGCUUUACUCCGAUGUACGUUCUAUUUGAUCCAGCUUCGCUACGAUUCUAUACUGUCAAAAAUCUUAUUUAUAGCGCGAUAUCGUAAAUACGAUCGUAUACACCUAUUUCCUUAUUGCGAUGCUGCAGACGGGAAUAAUUACGCUGCUUUAUCUAUUGUACAUCUUGCAUCGUUUCGAGAGGAAUGCGCAUGGAACGUUUGUAUCUCUAGGAAGAUUGGCGCGCGAAGGCGAAGUGAAUAUUCUCGUUAAAUCGAUCGAUCACGCCUUCCACUUCCGCGAAUAUCUUAUAAAACGCGUUUCUAUAAUGAAUAAGCAACAUACUAUUACACGCGAAGGCGUAUGUACUUGCAUAAACGAGUACACGUAAUCUAGAUAGAUCGUGCAUCCGUUCUGGUGCAAUGCUAUUUAUAGAGUUAAUUAAUCACUAAACCGACAUCCGGCAGCGUGGUUCCGGAUGUUCGGCCCGCCACUAGGUGUUUAAGGAUUUGCUCAAAAAUGAAAUCCGUUCCUAUUGUUCCUAAUUAAUUAUCUACUCUAGCGCUUUUUCUUUGUGUUUCCUUUUUUGUUUUUGUUUCCUUAGAAUUAUUCGAUGUGCUUCGUAACGAUGUAACGUUGCAUCGUUCCGCGCAGGAUUGAUCAUUUCAUUACUUAAGAAUUUAUUUAACAGUGCCGCAAAAAAUAACGUUCGUCGAAAAAGGUACAAAAAUAUUGUACCAAGUGUAUCGCUGCAGAUAAGAAAUGUGUCAAAAACUUCAGUCGCAGCUAGCAUUUCGAAACACAGUGGAAAAAUGCAUAAUUCGCUUUUAAAGUAAAGACCAUCUCACCUGUUACGAUACACACCCCGUUUCCAAUCUACGAAGUACGAACGAAAAGUCGAUAUUGUUCAGAGUGCGUAUGACGCGCGUGAUGCCAGUGAUCCGAAUCGAACACGCGACACAACCCACGGUACGAAACAAUCAGAAAAGAAAAUAUCGGAGAAGAAGAAAAACAUGCACGGAUGUAUUUUCCGAUCGCGAUAUUUUCCCAACUUUCUAAACUACCCUCUCUCUUUGCCAAACCGUUUUCUACACGAGCUUCGACAUGUCGCAUUAAAGAGCGACACGUGCCAAAUGCGAUAUCCCAUUAGACGGCGUAACGUUUGUUUCGAUAGGUAAUCGAAUCUCGCGAAUAUAGAUUGUACGAACUCGUUUUCAGACAUAUACUUGAUCGCGUGUCACGAGGAUGGUCACCGCGUGAUACGCGUCGCAUACUUGCUGAUUGACAGCGAAACCAUAUUGUUACACAAAUAUGUAAACGUGUAAUUAUACGUCAAGACUAUGAAAAGAAAAGAGAUAAAAAAUGA